AACCAUGGCGGAGAAGAUGUACUAUUGGGGAGAGCAAAAGGAUCAAGUGGAUCCGGAUCAGACUUUCAUAGAGUUCAAGGCCAAGUCGGUGGGCUCGAGCAGGGGAAGAGAAACGUCUCACGCCGCUGCUAAAAUGACCGUGUCCACGUCACAGGGCAGGCCGACGGAAGUCGGGAAUCGCGAAGAGGACACGGAACGAGGGGGAUGGGAUAACAAGUUGGAUUUCCUGUUCUCGUGUAUCAGCGUCUCGGUGGGGCUUGGAAACGUGUGGAGGUUUCCGUAUUUGUGCUACAAGAACGGGGGAGGCGCUUUCCUCAUCACUUAUGGAAUUGCCAUGGUGUUCUGUGGUAUUCCAAUAUUCUUCCAAGAAGUGGCAAUCGGCCAAUACCUUGGAGCCGGAGGGAUGACUUUGGUGGGACAAUUGUGUCCUCUGUUGCAAGGGGUUGGAUACGCCACUAUGACGAUCGUAUUCUUCCUAGAUGUUUAUUACUGCAUCAUCAUCGCCUGGACGCUCUUCUAUCUCAUAAGCACUUUCGUCAAUAUACCUAACGUACCUUGGAAGGGUUGCGGAAAUUGGUGGAAUACCGAGGAUUGUUUCGACGGCCUCGAAAAGAUCGAGGAAACGACCGAUCUUGUUAAUUCGAAUGUCACCAAUUCCACGUACAACAACACCGUCGCUCUUCAUCACGCUACACCGGUCGAGGAAUACUGGGAACGACGACUUCUUGGGAUCACUUCCGGUAUAGAGAUCAUCGGAGGGAUCCAAUGGGAACUGUUAGGCUGUCUGGUCAUCGGCUGGCUGCUCGUAUAUUUCAUCAUCCGGCGUGGUCUCCACCAGAGUGGUAAAAUUAUUUGGUUUUCAGCUUUGUUCCCCUACGUGGUGCUUUUUAUUCUUUUGGGAAGAGCGGUGACGUUGGAGGGCAGCUACAACGGCUUGCUGUACUACGUCACGCCGAGGUGGGAGGAAUUAAUGUCGCCUGGCCCAUGGAUCGACGGGGCCACGCAAAUUUUCUUCGCCUACAGCAUCGGGACCGGAGCUCUGCCCGCCCUCGGAUCGUACAACAAGUUCCAUCACAAUUGCUACAAAGACGCGUUGAUCACGUGUGUGGUGAACACGUUAACCUGUUUACUGGCCGGUUGCGUCACUUUCUCUAUCCUGGGCCACAUCGCGCUGGAACAGGGAACAGAAGUGGCCAAAGUGGUUAAAAGCGGUCCAGGACUCGUGUUUCUCACUUAUCCGGAGGUGGUCCUCAAGCUUCCUGGCGCCUCCAUGUGGGCCAUCAUCUUCUUCGUGAUGCUGCUCAUACUCGGGAUCGACAGCGAAUUCUGUAUCGUGGAAUCGUUCAUCACCGGGGUCGUUGACAAUUGGCCCGACCUCUUGCGCCCCCACAGGAACAAAUUCACCAUUGCCAUUUGCUGUCUCAUGUUCCUUUUGGGCCUUCCCAUGGUGACCAACGGUGGCGUUUACAUAUUCCAAUUAAUGGAUUUCUACUCGGCCAGCGGAAUGUCGAUUCUCUGGGUCUGUUUCUUCCAAACGAUCGCUAUAUCUUGGAUAUUCGGAGCGAAAAAAUUCUGCGAUUGCAUACAUCAGAUGAUGGGUAUACGGUUGAACAACUUCUGGUAUAUUUGCUGGGUCGUGUUUGCACCGGUGAUCAUGGCUUUCAUCUUCGUAUUCCAAUGCGUUCAAUACAAACCUCUGAGAUAUGGAAACAAUUACGAAUAUCCGACGUGGGCGGAGGUGAUAGGCGUUUGUCUCAGUUUGUCAUCCAUGAUCUGGAUCCCUGUUUACGCCAUAUACUACGUGGUCGUCACACCAGGGUCCAUAAAAGAGAAUAUUCUGAAAGGUUUGAAACCGAACAUAAAAUCGCAUCCGAAACUACCGAAGGGGGAGAAAUCGGCAGUGAUACCAAUGUCGGAGAGCAGCGCAGGAUUGAUCACGAAGAACAACAGUUUCCUCAGUCAAACAUGAUCGCCGUAAAAAUCGCUUCCUUAUUUCUUAUUAGGUUGUAACUAACGUAAGUGUAGUAUUUUUAACGAGAUUUAUUAAUCGAAGAAUCGGACAGAGUUGCUCGAUUCAUUAAGAAUUGGCCGAAUCGGUUUGACUUGCUUUGAUAAUAUCAAAGCAAGGAAAUCCAAGGAAAUCGAAUCAAUUUCUUCGAAGAAAAGAAAUAUAUUUCAACCGUAAAACCUUUUUUUGAUCGACGAUACUUUCGAGAUGAAUCAAAAUAAGAAGAAGAAGAAGAAGAAGAAAUAACAAAUUGCGGUGUGAAUAUAUAUAUAACGAUGAAAUUCGAGCAAUUACUGUGCGAAUAAAAAAAUACCAAAUACUCGUUCCUUCUAUAUUAAACGAUGGUACCACGUAAAAAAGAGUAAGUAUUAUCUAUUUAUCGUUAGAGAAAUAUGAGGAAGGAGAUAAUAGCAGACACCGCUAGUUCUCGGAUGACUAACAAAAAAGAUACAAAUGACUCGAAGAGUUCUAUAUUUUUUAUCGCGAUGUUUCUCUAUGCACGAAAAAAAUAUGACCCAAUUUUUACCAAUAUUUUUAUUAUCCGACGAAUGCCUACUUUUCGAGAAGCAGAAAUUUUUUAAAAACGAUGUACGUAGUUAGUUCGAUUACUAGCUGGUUAAAUUACAGAUAAUGAGAAUUGUGCCUCGACAUUGACGCUCUUGUUAAAACAUUUUUCUUCAUUAAAAACGAAUAAUAUUACUUUUUAAAUAUUACCAAUUAAACUAUGUUACAUGUAGUCUAGUAUUUAUUAUAGUUGACAUUUAUUGAUUUUUAAUAUUACGUAUUAAAAAAAAAUAAAUCCAGAGAAAUUUUAUAUAUAAUCAAUUGGGAAAAUUUUUUCACGUCAAAUCGAGUCGAGGAUAGAAGUGUGCCUCGCAGAAAUUCGUUGGUACCAUAAUCGUCGGGAAUCAUUGCGUAAGAAACGAAUAAACGUUCCGCAGGAUUAAACUAAAAAUUCAUUUUUAGAAAAUUUAUUAACGAUUCGUUCGUUGAACGAAUUUAAAUAACGGGGGAAAAAAAAAAAAGAAAGAUCAACAAAGAUCCUUUCGAUCGCAAUGGUUCCACGCGAAGGAUCGUAAAUCCAAGAAUAUAGAUGUAAGAUAAGAAUAUAAUAUAAACAUUAGUUUUAUGAAAGAAUUAUAUCUAGUGAAUAUAUCUACGAUUUUAAGAUUGCUAAAAGGAUUAUUAAUUCAAAAUAUUGUUCGACGUUAUUUGCAUUAAUAAUAUUAUUCCUGCGAAUUCAAACGACCAAUUAAUAGUAUAUUUAAAGAGAAAAAGGAUAUUGUUGGAACGAGAAGUGACGCUCGACAAAACUCGAUUUAUAAAUAAUUGAUGGACACGAGCAAUAAAUUUGGAAACGGGCCUAAGUAAUAAUUCUGUCUGUGUUUAAAUCGUCUUCAGACCAUGCUCUGUUUAACACAUUCAAUGCCAAUGCAAUGCAAAAUAUGUGUUGUAAAAAGAAUUUGUUUUAUUCUGUGGUGCAUUUAUGUGUUGCGAAAAAUAUCCUAUUAUAUGGCGGAUCACGUGGACCUACGCGUCACAAAGAAUGUCCUAUCCUGUGGCAAAUCAUGUAAAGGUGCACGUCAUACAAAAUAUUUUACGUGACGGAAAUGUAUUUCUCACAAAGAAUGCCCUAUCCUGUAGCAAAUCAUAAAAGAGUGCGCGUCAUAAAAAAUAUUUUACGUGAAAAAUCAUACGUGAACAUACGCGUCACAAGAAAAGUUCUAUCCUGUGGCAAUCAUGAAAGAGUGCGCGUCACAAAAAUAUUGUACGUGAAAAAUCAUACGCGUCACAAGAAAAGUCCUAUCCUGUAGCAAAUCAUAAAAGAGUGCGCGUCAUAAAAAAUAUUUUACGUGAAAAAUCAUACAAGUCACAAGAAAAGUCUUAUCCUGUGGCAAAUCAUGAAAGAGUGCGCGUCACAAAAAAUAUUUUACGUGGCAAAUCACGCGAACAUAAGCGUCAUAAGAAAAGUCCUAUCCUGUGGCAGAUGAUGUAAGGAUGUGCGUCACGAAAAAUAUUUUACGUGGCGGAUGAUGCGAAUGUAUUUGUCACAAAAAAAGUCCUAUCCUGUGGCAGACUAUGUAAGGAUGCGCGUCACAAAAAUUUUUUAUUAUGUAACAGAUGACGCAAACAUAUGCGUCAUAAAGAAUGGCCUAUCCUGUGGCAAAUUAUAUAAGGGUGCGCAUCACGAAAAAUAUUUUAUGGAUGAUGCGAAUAUAUUUGUCACAAAGGAUGUCCUAUCCUGUAGCAGAUCAUGAAAGAUUGUACGUCACAAAAAAUAUUUUACGUGAAGGCUCACGCGAAUGUAUUUGUCACAAAGAAUAUCCUAUCCUGUAGCAGAUCAUGAAAGAUUGCGCGUCACAAAAAAUAUUUUAUGUGGCGAAUAUUUUAUGCGAUGUAUUUGUCACAAAGAAUGUCCUAUGACAGAUCAUAUAAGGAUGUCACGAAAAAUAUUUUACUUGAAGGAUCACGCGAAUGUAUUUGUCACAAAGAAUGCCCUAUCCUGUGGCAAAUCAUGAAAGAGUGCGCGUCACAAAAAAUAUUUUACGUGGCAAAUCACGCGAACAUAAGCGUCAUAAGAAAAGUCCUAUCCUGUGGCAGACUAUGUAAGGAUGCGCGUCACAAAAAUUUUUUAUUAUGUAACAGAUGACGCAAACAUAUGCGUCAUAAAGAAUGGCCUAUCCUGUGGCAAAUUAUAUAAGGGUGCGCAUCACGAAAAAUAUUUUAUGGAUGAUGCGAAUAUAUUUGUCACAAAGGAUGUCCUAUCCUGUAGCAGAUCAUGAAAGAUUGUACGUCACAAAAAAUAUUUUACGUGAAGGCUCACGCGAAUGUAUUUGUCACAAAGAAUAUCCUAUCCUGUAGCAGAUGAUGUAAGAUUGCGCGUCACAAAAAAUAUUUUACGUGAAGGCUCACGCGAAUGUAUUUGUCACAAAGAAUAUCCUAUCCUGUGGCAGAUGAUGUAAGAUUGCGCGUCACAAAAAAUAUUUUAUGUGGCGAAUAUUUUAUGCGAUGUAUUUGUCACAAAGAAUGUCCUAUGACAGAUCAUAUAAGGAUGUCACGAAAAAUAUUUUACUUGAAGGAUCACGCGAAUGUAUUUGUCACAAAGAAUAUCCUAUCCUGUGGCAGAUGAUGUAAGAUGCGCGUCACAAAAAAUAUUUUACGUGAAGGCUCACGCGAAUGUAUUUGUCACAAAGAAUAUCCUAUCCUGUGGCAGAUGAUGUAAGAUUGCGCGUCACAAAAAAUAUUUUAUGUGGCGAAUAUUUUAUGCGAUGUAUUUGUCCUAUGACGGACAUAUAAGGAUGUCACGAAAAAUAUUUUACUUGAAGGAUCACGCGAAUAUACGCGUUACAAGGAAAGUUCUAUCCUGUGGCAAACGAUAUAAGAGUGCGCGUCACAAGAAAUUCUUUAUUAUAUAACGGGUGACGCAAAUAUAGGCGUCAAAAUCCUAUCCUGUGGUAGAUGAUAUAAAGAUGCACGUCUCGAAAGAUAUAUAUAUAAUCGUGAUGGUUGACGUAAGUGUGCACGUUACAAAGAAUUUCUUGUGGCAGAUGAUGUAAGGGUGUGUGUCACGAAAAAUAUUUUACAUGGCGGAUGACGCGAAUGUAUUUGUCACAAAGAAAGUCCUAUCCUGUGGCAGACGAUGUAAGAGUGCGCUAUAAAGUUUUGCGGGAAAUAUGAAAAAUAAAAAAGAGUUUUCUGGCUUUCCUUUCGUUCCCUCGUUGCUUUUAUAUUUUUUUUUAAUAUUAUUGUUUUUAUAUUUUUACUCGAAUAUUUGCCUUUGAUUUUUGAUGGCGCAUUGAAUGCGUUGAACGAGUAUUUCGACAGUUGUUGAUGUUGCGUGUGCAUUUACACGACUAUUUGUUUUCAUUCUAUAUCAACGCAUUGUUAUACCCGCGAGUUACUUUUUAAUCGAGCGUGCUAAGCGUAAUAUUUAUCACGAUGGACGUUUCUUUCUUAUCGUUUCGUUUCGAAAAGAUCGAAUGCGUGAAUUUUAUUGUAAUUUUUAUUGUAAUAGCACGAAAGAGUCGAAGAACGAAACGAGAUUCGAAGAUGUACGAUGCGUUUAUUAUGGUUGUACGAAAAUAUAAGAGGAUAUUCUUUC